GCCAAUCUCAACUGAUGACACUUCAGCCACGGUCCUGCUUAAGAAAUACUUCAACAGCUGCAUGAAUAAAGAGACCAUCGAAAAGCGAGGCCUGCAGCCGCUUCACGACAUCUUGGCCAAGAUGGGAGGAUGGCCUGUGCUAAACGGCUCGGCAUGGGACGAUGCUGCCUUCCAUUGGACGGAGGCCGUGUAUCGGAACCGGAAGUUGGGGUACUCACAGAAUGACAUAUUUUGGUUUGGCAUCCUACACGACUUAAAAGACCCCACAAGGAACAUCAUCAGCCUUUUUGACCCGGCUUUGGGCUUCGAAAGGACAUCGCUCAUCAGAGGUUUCAAUGACUCAGAUGUGCAGGCCUACUACGGCUACAUGGUAGACAUGGCCGUUCUGCUGGGAGCCGAACCAGGCAUCGCCAAACAAGACAUGGAAGCUGCGCUUCACUUUGAAAUGCAGCUCGCCAACAUGUCGCUGGCGAAAGAGGAACUUCGCGACGUUUUCAAACUUUACCACAAGAUGACUCUCGACGAGUUGAGCCUGUUGGCACCUACCAUUCCCUGGGUGACCUACGCCAAUAAACUAUUGGAAGACGUCGGACACCAGCUUUCUGUUUGUCGGCCGACAGUUAAAUACCUAACGAGACAAAGUGUUUCGAGUAGCGAGUCCGUCUGGGUCGCCCACCCAGAGUUCUUUAAGGACCUGGCCUCGCUGCUGAAGACAACGCCGAAGAGAGUACAGGCCAACUACCUUCUUUGGCGUGUGGUGGAGGCGUCCGUGAGCCAGCUGAACCUGGCCUCCCGUGACGCGCGCCUCAAGCUCUUCGGUCAGGUGUACGGCACCACCGAGCACGGGCCCCGCUGGAAGCAGUGCCUCGACGACAUCAUGCACCGGUGA